UGCUGCUCGGCGGCAUCGACUGCACCGGCAGCACCGGCGGCACCGACGGCCGCGGGACACCCGCACCGCCCAGCGGUACCGACGGCACCGACAGCCGAGGUUCCCCCGCACCGUGACCGCCACCGCCCGCCCGCCGGCACCAGGGCCCAAGGGCACCAUGACCCUGCUCAAGCUGUCCCUCAUGGCCUUCAGCUUCGUCUUCUGGGCAGCGGGGCUGACCAUGCUCAUCAUCGGCCUCUGGGCCAAGGUGUCUCUGGGCAGCUACCUGGCGCUGUCGGCCAGCGACUAUCCCAGCGCCCCUGCCAUCCUCUUAGCCACCGGCGCCGCCGUCAUCAUCUGGGGCUUCCUGGGAUGCUUCGGCGCCGCCACGGAACACCGGGGGCUCCUGCGCGCCUACAGCGCGUUCCUGACGGUCGUGCUGGCGGCCGGGCUGGCGGCCGGGCUCUCCGCGCUACUGUAUCGCCAGACCCUGGCGCACGGCUUCCAGGAGGGGCUGCGCCAGGCACUGCUGGCAUACGGGGAGGAUGAGCGGGUGGCGGACGCCCUGGACGCGCUGCAGCGCGCCUUGUCCUGCUGCGGGGUGCAGAGCUACCGCGACUGGCUCGCCUCGCCCUGGGGGCUGGAGCAGAACGGGUCGGUGCCACUCAGUUGCUGCCGGGCCCGCCGGGGCUGCCAGCGCAGCCCGCCCGACGCUCGCAGGCUGCACCGCGACGGCUGCUUCGCCAAGGUGUCGGCCUUCGUCGGCAGCAACAUGUCUUAUGUUGCCACCGCUGCCCUGGGACUGGCACUGCUGCAGCUCAUCGGCAUUGUGCUGGCCUGCUUGCUGGCUGCCCGCGUCCCUGCUGGCCUGCUGGGCACCACCACCCCUCGCUGAGGUCCCCCCACUCCUGUCCCUUGUCCUCUCCAGCUCCCUUCUUUCCUCUAGAACUGAGUGCACCCCACUGGGAAAAUCCUCCCUUCAUAUACACCACUUUCACCUGAGCAUCCUUCUCCAGGCUCCAUUUCUCCUCUGGAGCCCUUGUCAGAUGUGUGUCAAUGCUACGGGCAUCUCCACAACCCUUCAGAAGGGAAGGUGCUGGGAAGAUAUCUCCUGGCCUGGCCAUGUCCCACUGCUCUCCUGGAGCCUCUGGAUUUUUUCUGCAGAGAGUGGUGGCAGCACGGACAGACAGGGCUCUGGGGCAGCAGGGGCUCCUGGGGCAAGGCUGACUGGUUUUCUGGGUGAUGUAAAUACCCAAGACACUGAAAUGUGAGGCAGGAAAGAGGAGAGGGUUUGGGAGAGCAAGAGAGGUGUCUCUCAACAUUACACUAUAUGAGUAUUCCUUGGAGACUGGAAAAUGGUGUUACUGGAAAACUGCUAGAGUGCACGAGGGGCAGGUCUGGUCCAGGGGCACCUAGGUAGCCAUGCCAGAAGCUGACACUGGGAACUGCUUGAGGGACUGUCCAGCGUCGUGCACCCCAUUGCUGCCAAGAUUUUCCACCAUUGCUGUGAGCGGAUUCAAGCUGCCACGGGUGCUUUUCCUGCCGUGGUGUUUCCAAUGCUGAUCUCGAUCUAAAGGUGGAGCUGCAGCUCUGUUACUCCCUCCUUCAGGAUGUGCCUAUCCUCUUAGCCAGUGCGUCGCCGAUUAUGUCUUUGCAGGGCUGCAAAGACCUUAAACGCGGGUCCUUGUCAUUCAAGAAGAUGGCAAAGGCUCUAGGAUCAGAUCUAACGAGGGAUGGCAAGAGAAGGAAAGGGCUCGUUACCCUUCGGAAGUUUCUUUUGGACUUUUGAAGUGAACUUUAGGGUGAGUGGAACAGACUGUUUUACAGAAGGGUUUCUACAAACAGCCCUCAGACUCUGACAUUUUUCCUUUCUCAAAGGAUCUGUCUCUGAAGUGUGCCCCCACCUACAUUUUUGAAGCCAGAUCUGUACAACCUGAGAGUAAAUGGAGGACCCCCAAGACUUGCUAUCCUGAGUUUGCUUAGAUCAGAUAGCAGUACAAAUCUACAGGAUUUUGGUUUUUUUCACAACAGUUCUGGGUUUGCAUUUGGAGUUUGAGAAAAAGCAAGCCCUGCACUUGAGAGGGUCCUGAACUUUCAGAGCUUCACUCCUGCUUCUUCCCAUGUCCUUAAAAUCUGUGAACUCGACUUUUACAUGUUUCUCUACCUCGCAGCACAAAGACAUGCCCCUCUUACCCAGCAAACUGGGGAAGAAGAAUUUCAGAAAAGAGCCAGGAACCACAAAGGAACUCCAGGAUGUGGCAUCUCUCAGGAAUGUGACUAGCAAAGCUGUGGAGAAUGGUCAAAUGCCAACAAAUACAAGCAGGGCAAGAAAUCUUGAGUGAAAAAGAUGACUAAUAGCUUCAUGGGAGGAAUGGUGUAACCUUGGGGGAAAGGGGAUUAACAUCAUCCCUUUUUUCAGAUAUUAGGUGGCUGUUUAGCUAUGAAAAUCACAUUCCAGAUAAAGAGUGCAAUGCGAACAGCCUUCUCAGUCAUUUGGGUAUUUAUCUGCACAGGUGAACCCUGGAAAUUUGUUGAAAAUCUCUCUUUAUAGAGAAAACAAUGCUUCAUUGUUAGGGCUGAUGUUUGUUGUUUAUUAUUUACAUAAUGUAUUUUUAAAUUUUUGUUUGUAAAUGUCCCUUUUUUUUUUAAUUAUGCAUUAGUGGAACCCCUGUUAUUUUCUGGAAGUCAACAUUAUUUUGUACAAUUUUAACAAUGGACAAAAAGUAUAGUUGUUAUAGGUACUUGAGAAAUGAAGUUUAGCAAAUGCUAAGAGCAAAAUAAAUCACUAUUUCAACUCCAAUAAAGUAUUUACAUUUCUGUAUGUCUCCACAUGGUUCAACUAAGUGCAAAUGAAAUGAAGUGUACAUUGAAAUGUAAAGACAGUAGAACGUUGUAGUUUUUGGUUUUGUUUUUUCCAGAAAUCCAUCAUAGAAGCAAUAAAACAGGUGUUGUGGGGAGUAUGGGAAAGGGAAAUGGAGUUGCACUGGGUUUAUUAAAAAAAUAUUCUUUAUUGGAGUCAAUAGGCUCUGAAAAUUUACAAGAAUAUGAUAUUGCUCUUUUUUUACUCCACUGAUUACUAAAAUUAUUUCUGAUUUUCACCCUUAUUGCUUUGUAUGACACGUAGCAGUCAGUCAGAAUGAAGUACACUGUUAAAACACAUUCAAGCAAAACCCUUGUGCAGAUAUGCAAUUCAGUGAAUUUGUUCGGGUUUUAAGUUGCUGAGAAUAUCAAAGUAGGAAUGAAACUAAGUUUCAAGCGUACAAAUGUAUGUCUGUAUGAUGGUCCAGUCUGAAUCUGAGGACAUCAACUUAGUGUAAUGAAUAAUUAAAAAUGUAAACCAUCACUCUGCACUCUUGGCCUCACUGAAAUAGGAUAAACCUUGGCAGCGACAAUGUAAAUGCUAAGUAUACUUAUAGCAUCAAAGAUUUCAUGGACUGGCUGUGACUGUUAGUUGAAUGUUUAUUGCCAGUUCCUGGAAUUAACAACAUUAACUUCUGUAGAUGUGUGAAAGAAGUGUCAUUCUUCUCUAAUUAAUUCCCAAAAUAAGAGAUUCCCAGUAGCUCUUUGAGUUGUCCUGAAUUCUUUGUGCCCAGUGCCCAAAUCUUACUUUAAUUUUAAAAUUUAUCUAGAUUCAGUAUUAUUUUGUUCUGGAUGGCCAGAAUAACUGUAACUGGAAAAUUAAGUUAGAGUGGACAGCGCUACCUACUGCUUGCUGGAAUAUGUAUUUGUUUUCUGUCAUUCUUUCAAAUUUAAAUUCUCUCAUCCAAAUGGCAUAUUACACUAAAGAUGAGUCCAUCUUUUAAGAAAAGCUAAUAUCAAUUUUAAAAUUGGUGGUUAUUCAAAUUAGUGUAGGAGCAAGCUGUGUUGCAGUUGUAGAAACAAUAGCUCUGUUGUUUGGACAAAGUGAGAUUUAGGAUUAACAAGGGUGGUAAGAUUAGACUCUUGUUAUGAAACAAGGACUAUUUUAUAACAUUGAUCUAGAAUGCCAAGAAUACAAAUCUUUCAAACUUCAAAAGUGGUUGACAUUUUGUCCAACGUGAAUUAUUUACUGUAGCUGAACUCUGUGUUACAGAUAAUCAGAACUUAAAAUGGCCUCUAUAACUGAGGCCAGUUUGUGAAUUUUUAGAUAAGAGAUGGCUUUCCUGGAAUUAGAAAACUUAAACAGUAACAGUAAGAUUGAGUAGGUCAGAGAAGAAAAAAGGUUACUUUUGUUAAAGUGUAGUUUUCAUGUUUAUUUAUGUAUUCAUCUUCUUUAUCGUUAUCUUCUUUCUUCUGGGGAAAAUACAAUCAUGUGCUAUCAUUAAGCAGCUGAUAUUGUAUAAAACCAAGAAUAGUACUCAUCUAAGAUUUCCACAGAUAAAUUACAGUAAAGGUGCUCUUUUUCUUAAAUCCAAUAACCUACAGGAGAUUUUGAUAAAUCAGGUGGCAUAGGAACUGAGAAGGAAAUGCAGUGUUUUCCCAAUUGAAUGUUUGAGGUUCCAAUAAAAAAGGCAUAUCCAUGGAAAAUUUGGGCACCUAAGAAGUCUUACCGCAGUCUUGUUCUGAAGCACCACAAAAUAUUGGUCAGGAACUUAAAAUAUAAGUCACACAACUAAUAGAAUUCAAUACUUUCUUUUAAUCUGAAAAGACUUUUGACCACUGUAGUUAAUACUUCAUUGGUCAUGCACCCAUUAUGCUCCAAAAUGGUAAAAAUACAUAUUUCUUCUCAACUCUAUUUGAUUCAAGCACACAAAUUUCACUCUGUUCAAUAUGCGAUUUUAGUUUGCUUUUCUCAGUAGUUGUGCUGGAGUAUUAUGUCAUGUUACCUGGCAUAGUGUGCUUGUGUUUCAGUAAUCCCAGGUACUGUCAUUCUUGCCUAGAAACUUUCAAAAUAGAUAGAGGUGGAGGCUUGCCAGAUGCAGUAGCCCCUUGACUUUCAGUGCAGAGUUCAGCCAAAAUAAUAAUAAAAGUAAAGGACAAAUCCAACAGCUAAAUAUACCUGUCUCAUAAUUUUGAAUAGAUCUGCUCACUGGAACUGUUAAAGGAAACACCAGGAGGACUAGGGAGUAAGCAGAAUUGGAAAUUCAUUAAUAUUGCAAAACUUUCCACCAGUGUGGCAUGUUCACUCUUUCUUGUCCAUUUUGCCCUUCCGCCUACCUCUGUAACUCCACUUCUUAUGCCUGGAGCAUAAUUAUCUGUAACUCUCAUCUCAGUUAUUAGUGUUCUGCUGCCUUAGGAGUUCCCUUGAACCAACUCCUCUUUCUUUUUCUAGCUUCACAUCCCAGGAGUCAAGCAGUCCUUCCAGGUCUGAGCUCCUUGUUGGAU